AUGUCUAUCUUUUUCUCCUAUCUAUCUAUCUAUCUAUCUAUCUAUCUAUCUAUCUAUCUAUCUAUCUAUCUAUCUCAUGAUGUCGAUCUUUUUUCCUCUCUCUCUCUCUCUCUCUCUCUCUCUCUCUCUCAAUAUAUAUAUAUAUAUAUAUAUAUAUAUAUAUCUAAUCAUCUAUCUAUCUAUCUAUCUAUCUAUCUAUCUAUCUAUCUAUCUAAGCUAUUUAUAUUAAUCAAUAUUAAACAAUUCACUGUUAUCUAUCUAUCUAUCUAUCUAUCUAUCUAUCUAUCUAUCUAUCUAUCUAUCUAUCUAUCUAAGUCUCUUCAUAUCUAUCUAUCUAUCGUCGUGGAAUCUAUCUAUCUAUCUAUCUAUCUAUCUAUCUAUCUAUCUAUCUAUCUAUCACAGCCUCUUUCUGACUUUCUUUCUUUCUUUUUUCUUUCUCUAUCUAUCUAUCUAUCUAUCUAUCACAGCCUCAUUCUCUUUCUUUCUUUCUUUCUCAAUCUGUUCUUUAUCUAUCUAUCUAUCUAUCUAUCUAUCUAUCACAGCCUCUUUCUUUCUUCUAUCUAUCUAUCUAUCUAUCUAUCUAUCUAUCUAUCUAUCUAUCUAUCUAUCACAGCCUCUUUUAUCUAUCUAUCUAUCUAUCUAUCUAUCUAUCUAUCUAUCUAUCUUUCUUUCUUCGUUAACGUCGAAGAAGUAUAUACUCUCUAUUAA